ACUAAUCCUUUCAAAUAUAAGAUUCUUCCUUAUUUUUUCUUCUAAAAACGCCUGUUCCAGGUAGUGGUAAUCCUAUCACCGGAUUCUCCACCUGGGAUUCAAUUUACCGACAGCUGUUUUUGAGGGUUUUGAGAUAUGGGGUCGGUGGAGAGAUCAAAGAAGAAAGUCCAGUUAUGGAAGAAAGCUGUUGUUCACUUCUCUUUGUGUUUUGUGAUGGGGUUUUUCACCGGAUUCGCUCCCACUGGCAAAACUUCGAUCUUUUCCGCUAAUCCUGUUUUUGCUACGUCGAACAAGUCUCACUCAACGCCACAACCCGUGGAGGUUUCGUCCGGGGAAGCAAAUUCCCGUUCUGGUAAUGUUAACAGAACAUUGGCUGAAACUCCAGUGCCAGUUCUGGUCAGGUCUGAGGAAUUAGAAGAAUCAAAACAGCAGAGAAGAAAAGAAGAAUCAUCCAAAAUCACAAGCAGAAAACUCGUAAUCAUUGUCACACCGACUAGUGCCGAAGACCGGUUUCAGGGGGUGCUGUUGAGGAAGUUGGCGAACACCAUAAGGCUGGUUCCUCCGCCGUUGUUGUGGGUGGUGGUGGAACGGCAAUCUGAGUCCAAUGAGCAGUCGGAAAUCCUAAGGAAGACGGGUAUUAUGUACAGGCAUUUGGUGUUCAAGGAGAAUUUCACAGACCCUGAAGCAGAGUUGAAUCACCAGAGGAAUGUGGCACUCAAGCACAUUGAGCACCACAGGCUGAGCGGAAUUGUUCAUUUUGCCGGACUUUCCAAUGUCUAUGAUCUUGACUUCUUCAGCCACCUUAGGGAAAUUGAAAUGUUUGGAACAUGGCCUAUGGCAGUAUUGUCAGCCAACGAGAAGAACGUAAUAAUAGAAGGUCCUGUGUGUGAUUCCUCCCAGGUCAUUGGAUGGCAUCUGAAAGAAAACAGUGAGGGAAAUGCAGAUGUAGAUACAGAGAGAAAGCUUCCAAUUCAAAUCUCCAAUUUUGCAUUCAAUAGUUCCAUCCUUUGGGACCCUGAGAGAUGGGGUAGGCCUUCAUCUUCUGUUCAAGGCACCUCCCAGAAUUCACUCAAAUUUGUAAAGCAAGUAGUUCUGGAAGAUGAAACAAAGUUGGAGGGAAUCCCUCCUGAGGACUGCUCUAAGAUAAUGCUCUGGCGACUGCAAUUUCAGACCGGAAUUGCGGCGGUGGAAGAUCAAACUCAGAGAGAAGGAAGAAAAUUAUGAAACAAGAAAUUUUUUGUUUUCUUCAUUUAGCAUGUGAUUUUUUUUUUUUUAAUGUUAUAAAUCCUUCAAAUUUUGGGUUGUUCAAAUUAGGUAAUCAUAGAAAAAUAAAAUAAAAUAAUUGUAUUGUUUAAGUCCUAUGGUACAAUCUAAACAGAAAGUUUGAAGAGAUGAAUCCACCAACUCUUGAAGUGGUUAUACCAAAAGCCUUUCAUUUCCUACAUAAAUUUUGUUUUGUUAU